GGAGGAUUCCGCUUGAUGCAACACCAGAAGUAAACGUCACUUCCCAAAUGAUCAUCUGACGUGGCCAAAACAGUUUUCCACCGGUGUUGGGGUUUCCACGCGUGGGAUAUUUUAUCGGACGUUUAAUUGUAAGCCGAUCCGCGGUGACAAGAUGUUGGAUUUCUUCACCAUCUUCAGCAAAGGGGGGAUAGUGCUGUGGUGUUUUCAGGGCGCCGGGGUUUCCGAGUCUUUUACGGGCCCAGUCAACGCUCUGAUCCGCUCCGUGAUCCUGCAGGAGCGCGGUGGGAACAACUCCUUUACUCAUGAAGCUCUGAGUCUGAAAUACAAACUGGACAACGAGUUUGAGUUGAUAUUUGUGGUGGGUUUUCAGAAGAUCCUGACACUGACUUAUGUGGACAAGUUUAUAGAUGAUGUCCAGCUUCACUUCAGGGAUCGCUAUAAGAAUGAGUUGGAGCAGAAAGGAGCCCUGAAGCUGCUCAACAGCAGCUUUGACUUUGAGGACAGGUUCAAAAAACUACUAAGAGAGGCGGAGGAAUCCAGUAAAGUCCGAAGCCACGCCCCCAUGCGGUCAUUUAAGGAGUCAGAGAAAUCCCAAAAAACUGUGAAGUCAAUGAUUGAGACGAAGGGUGGAGAUAAGGCGAAGGAACCAGGAGGCAAAAAGAAUAAAAAUACCAAAAAGGAGGCUCCUGCAGUCGAGCCUGCCAAAGGAGAUCAAAUUAAGACCUCACCGCCUGGCCAGAAGGCGGCUGUAAAUGGUAACAAAGACUUGACCCCUGAGGAGAUCAUGCAGAAGAAGAGAGAGGAUUUCUUCCGCAAGCGCUCUGUACCUGCUGAAAAACCAGUAAAAUCCCCAAAGCCCCAAAAGCCAAAGGAAAAACAGAUGCGUGUUUGGGGCAACGCAGGCAGCAGCAUCAAGAACCUGGACUAUAGCGACAAGAACGGAGUAGCUGCUUCUGAGGAGAAGAACCUGGAAGCACAAUUCGACCCAGUGGAGGGUAUGAAGGGCGACCUGCGUUCUGUGGACUACGAGUCCAGCGAGGAGGUAGAGCUGGAGGAAGAGGAGGAGGAGGAGGAGGAAGUAGGUGUCAGUGAAAAAACCCAGACCAGUUCCAAAAAGAGUGGCGGCUUUGGAGGGAUGUUUGGGAUGCUGAAGGGUCUUGUGGGCUCUAAGAGCCUUUCCCGGGAGGACAUGGAGCCGGUGCUGGAGAAAAUGAGGGAACACCUCAUCGCUAAAAACGUAGCAGCGGAUAUUUCCUUCCAGUUGUGCGAAUCUGUUGCUAAGAAACUGGAGGGAAAAGUCAUGGGCACGUUCACCACUGUUGCUUCCACAGUGAAGCAGGCCCUGCAGGACUCCCUGGUGCAGAUCCUGCAGCCCAAGCGCAGAGUGGACAUCCUGAGAGACGUCAUGGAGGCUCAGCGCCAGCGCAGGCCCUUCGUCGUCACAUUUUGUGGCGUCAAUGGGGUCGGCAAGUCUACCAACUUAGCCAAGAUCUCCUACUGGCUGAUUGAAAACGGUUUCAGCGUGCUGAUCGCUGCUUGCGACACUUUCCGUGCGGGCGCGGUGGAGCAGCUUCGCACUCAUCAGCGGCGCCUGAACUCACUGCACCCCCCAGAGAAGCAUGGGGGUCGCCCAGUGAUCCAGCUCUAUGAGAAGGGAUACGGGAAAGAUGCAGCUGGAAUUGCAAUGGAGGCUAUCGCCUACGCUCGGAACCAGGCUUUUGAUGUGGUGCUGGUGGACACCGCUGGGCGAAUGCAGGACAACGCCCCCCUGAUGACGGCUCUGGCUAAACUGAUCGCUGUCAACAUGCCUGAUUUGGUGCUGUUCGUUGGAGAGGCUCUGGUGGGAAAUGAAGCAGUUGACCAGCUGGUGAAGUUUAAUCAAGCUCUGGCCGACCACUCCAUGUCUGACAAGCCUCGCCUCAUCGAUGGAAUCGUUCUCACAAAGUUUGACACCAUUGAUGACAAGGUUGGUGCAGCCAUCUCCAUGACUUACAUCACGGGCCAGCCCAUUGUGUUCGUGGGCACAGGGCAGACCUACAACGACCUGCGCAGCCUCAACGCCCGCGCUGUGGUCAGCGCCCUCAUGAAGGCUUAACGAGCAGCUGUCAUCGGUUUUCAAUACAAGCCAACGGUACACUUGCCUCGCUGCCAUCAGACGUUCCAGCACCAUUAGCCCACCAUACAUGCUUGUUUGCUUUCCAACCAAACUUGCAGACAAUAAACUCAAUUGACGGACAUAUGUGCACCUCAGAACGCUUUCCUUGAAACCCAGUGGAGCCUUCCUUUGAACGAUUAUUUAUUUUUUUUGGGCCAAAAUAGUGUAUUACAGAUCAACUAACAUGGCAUUUUAACUGGACUUUUAUCAAAUCUUACUGGUUUCAACUGCAGAACGUUGGCAUUGUGUCCCUCAAUCACCUCAACUUCAUGGAAAUUGGGUUUCCUGUUCCCAAGGAGAGCUUAGCAACCAUAGUGCCUCUUUUUUGAUCUCUUAUUUAAUAUAUUACGCGGAUGGUUAACCAACAGAGAUACAGUUCCAGGUGAGAAUCCUACUAAAAGAUUAGAAGUGACGGCUGGAUUUAAAAUUGAGCAUUUCUUCAGUUUAACUGAACUAAACUGCAUAAAGAAGCUAAAUCAUUAUGGAUGGUGGUCCUUUAUAAAUCAGAACAAAACAUCUUAAUCAUUAACUGUACUGUCUUUGCUUCAUUUGGAUGUUCCCUUUUAAAUAUUCUUCUUUACAUGACCCCCCCACCCCCACGUUAAUUAUUGAUUAGAAAAUAAUAUUUAAGUCAGAUGAACUUUCCCAUUGUGUCACCUUACAACCAAAAACUGCAAUGUAUUUUAUGUACUUGAGUAUUUCCUGAUUAAAUUUCAAGAAAACUAUUUUUGGCUUUCCAAAAGUUUUAUUUUUUAUAACUUAAAUUGAGGAAAGACACGUGCAAAUGUCUUCGAACCCUCUUAUUUAAUACAUGACAGCUUCAAGCCUUGAUUACAUCUAUAAGCUAUGCACAUCUGGAAUAAACCUUUUCAUUUUGGUUUUGAGAGAUUUGCCUAGCUUGGAUUAAAAAAUGUUCAGGUAUCUGGCUUUGCUGUUUCUAAACUAACUAAUAAACUUUAAUCUAAAACAUGCCCCUGCAGCUCUGGCUGAACCUAAAGUUUCCUGCUGGAAGUUGAGCCUUUACUCCUCUGCAGUCCCUUAGUUUGCCCUUCCAGGAUUGGUCCGUACGUAGCACCAUUCAUCUUCCCAUUAACUCUUCCUUGUGAAGAAAAGUAUCCCCACAGCAUGAUGCUGUCACCACCAUGUGUUACUGUGUGGAUGGUGUGUUCAGCAUACUAUACAAUGUAUUUUUUUUUCUUCUGUUUGCAACAUCCUGGUAGAAUAACACUGAAGUUUGUGGUUGUAAAGUGUGACCAAACAGACAGAACUUGUUUUUACGUCCUAUCAGUCUCAGAUUUGAGACUGUGCUGUUUUUGUUUGUUUUAAUCAAAGUUAUGAGACCCUUUGUUUUAAUUUCCCUUUUAAUUUGAUGUUUUUUUUUUCAGUGGAAAUCUAAGUUUAAAGUUCUGUAGCCCAUCCUUUAAGGUCUGAUAGUGCAAUACCAGAGAAUCAAGGAUCAAACUGGCAUUUUGAACUA